AUGGGAGAAGGAGGAGGAUGCUGCGCUCUACCCUUGGUGCGUUCUUUUCGGUCAGCACGCACUGCCUCUGACUCAGGCUCAACCUCAGCUUUCAGUUGUCUUCGGCUAAAGGACUUAAGAGAGGAGGUGGAGAAAGAAACAAACAACAAACUGGAGCUCAGGAGUUCUCACUACAGCUUCUCAAACAGAGACAACAGCAAGAGAAAAAAAGAACACAACAAAUAUUGCCCAUCUUCUGUGGAGGAAACUACUAACCCCUCAGUGGUCACCACCACAUCUUCUUCGGGUUUCAGUGCUUCUUUUUCAACCCUGUCCGCUCCAAGGUCUAUGUGGCAAGAGGCGAUGAAGAGGAAACGGUACCUCCUUGACCGGGCAGGGGUGUCUGGUGAAGUGGAUAAAGGAGGUGGUGAGGGGAAGAGGAGCAGGUCCCCGGACUGGCUAUAUGAAUCCUACUACUGUAUGAGCCAGCAACAUCCUCUCAUUGUGUUUUUGCUUCUCAUAGUGAUGGGAGCCUGCCUGGCUCUGCUGACUGUGUUUUUUGCUUCAGGGCUGAGCAUCGCAGACCAUGUUGCCUUUGUAAUCACUGUGCCCACAGCACUGGCUAUAUUCCUGACAGUGUUUGUGCUCGUCUGCAUUGAGUCUGUCUUCAAGAAGCUCUUACGUGUUUUUUCCUUGGUCAUCUGGGCUUGCUUGGUUGCAAUGGGCUACCUUUUCAUGUUUUCUGGUGGGAUCAUUUGUCCAUGGGAUCAGGUGUCCUUCUUCCUGUUCAUUGUGUUUGUGGUUUACACCAUGCUACCGUUCUCUAUGCGGGAAGCCAUCAUUGCCAGUAUCCUUACCUCUGCCUCUCACACCAUUGUGCUGAGUGUGUGCUUGUCCACAGCGGCAGAUCACAGGGAGGCAGUAGUGUGGCAGAUUUUGGCCAAUGUUAUUAUUUUUGUUUGUGGCAACAUGGCUGGGGCGUACCACAAGCAUCUGAUGGAGUUGGCACUGAAACAAACCUACCAAGACACCUGUAACUGCAUCAAGUCCCCAAUUAAACUGGAGUUUGAGAAGAGACAGCAGGAGCGUCUUCUUUUGUCUCUACUGCCAGCUCACAUCGCUCGAGUAAUGAAGGCUGAGAUCAUCCAGAGACUGAAGGGCCCAAACUUUGGCCAGAUUGAGAACACAAACAACUUUCACAACCUCUAUGUCCAGAGGCACACUAACGUCAGCAUUCUUUACGCAGAUAUAGUUGGAUUUACGCGCCUUGCCAGUGACUGCUCACCAGGAGAACUAGUGCAUAUGCUGAAUGAACUGUUUGGCAAAUUUGAUCAAAUUGCUAAGGAAAAUGAAUGCAUGCGGAUCAAAAUUCUUGGCGAUUGUUAUUACUGUGUGUCCGGCCUCCCAGAGUCAUUGCCCAACCAUGCAAAGAACUGUGUGAAAAUGGGUCUGGACAUGUGUGAAGCUAUCAAGAAAGUACGAGAUGCUACAGGGGUUGAUAUUAACAUGCGUGUUGGUGUACAUUCUGGGAAUGUCCUUUGUGGUGUUAUUGGACUUCAAAAGUGGCAGUAUGAUGUUUGGUCACAUGACGUCACAUUGGCCAAUCAUAUGGAGGCAGGAGGUGUACCAGGACGAGUUCACAUAACAUCAGUGACUCUGGAACACCUAAAUGGUGCUUAUAAGGUUGAGGAUGGUGAUGGACAAGAGAGAGAUCCUUACCUAAAGGAACAUGGUGUUAUCACUUAUCUUGUUAUCAACCCAAAGGUGGAGCGUCGGAGCCCAGAACCUUAUUAUCGACCCAGAUACACUCUUGAUGGAGCAAAAAUGAGAGCCUCAGUCAGGAUGACCCGAUAUCUGAAGUCAUGGGGAGCAGCCAAGCCCUUUGCCAACCUCCACCACAGAGACAGCAUGACAAAUGAGAAUGGCAAGAUUAGCACUUCUGAUGUGCCGAUGGGACGGUAUCAUUUCCAGAGGAGAUCAGAAAGGACAAAGUCUCAGAAGAAAAGGUUUGAAGAGGAAUUUAAUGAAAGGAUGAUCAGGACGUUUGACGGAAUAAACUCACAAAAACAGUGGCUCAAGUCUGAGGACAUUCAAAGAAUAUCAUUGUUUUUUCAUAACAGAUCAUUGGAAAAAGAGUACCGAGCAACAACCUUGCCUGCAUUUAAAUACUAUGUCACCUGUGCCUGCUUGAUCUUUUUCUGCAUCUUUGUUGUGCAGAUCCUGGUUCUACCAAGUGUGCAGUCAUUCUGGGUUCUUGUGCUCACCCUGUCCUCACUGGUUCUUCACUCCAGUGUCGAUGUGCUCUGCCUCUACCUCCCAGUGUUCCUGUGUUCCUGUGUUCCUCACUGCAAUAAAAGUGCAUCUACUUCUUGGAUGUGGCUGCUGAAAUCAUCAAUUAUUAUUGCCAACAAGCCUUGGCCUCGCAUCACUCUCACCAUGACAACCACCACUUUGAUACUCAUAAUGGCAAUCAUCAACAUGUUCUUUUUGGAAGAUGUAUCCCCCCCAGUUCAACUUCACAACUCAUCUAAUGAAACAGUGUUUUACUCUAAUGGGCAACCUUUAAACUUCUCAGGCCAAAACAAUUAUUACCUACCUUAUUUAAUUUACAGUUGCAUCCUGGGCCUGAUCUCUUGCUCUGUGUUUCUGAGAAUAAACUACGAGCUGAAGAUGAUUAUAAUGUUGACUGCGGUGGUGAUCUACAACAUUAUUAUUCUACAAACACACGCACCUCUGCUGGAUGAAUAUAGCAGAUUUCUGUAUAAGACUGAAAGCCUUGACAGACCUGGAGUCCUCAAGGAUCUGAAGACCAUGGGCUCCAUCUCUCUUUUUAUCUUCUUCAUCACAUUGCUGGUUCUUGCCAGACAGAAUGAAUAUUACUGUAGGUUGGACUUUCUUUGGAAGAACAAGUUUAAAAAAGAAUGUGAGGAAAUUGAAACAAUGGAGAAUCUCAACCGGGUUUUACUGGAGAAUGUCCUUCCUGCACAUGUUGCAGAACACUUCUUGGCUCGCAACUGGAAAAAUGAGGAUCUUUACCACCAGUCCUACGAUGUGGUGUGUGUCAUGUUUGCCUCUAUCCCAGACUUUAAAGAGUUCUACACUGAAUCUGACGUCAACAAGGAAGGAUUGGAGUGUCUCAGGCUUCUUAAUGAAAUCAUUGCCGACUUUGAUGAGCUGCUUUCCAAACCUAAAUUUAGUGGUGUGGAGAAGAUAAAGACCAUUGGCAGUACUUAUAUGGCUGCUACUGGACUUAACACAUCAACUGCUCCUGAGUACACUACCCUGGAGCAUGACAGACAGUAUAUGCACUUAGGAACCAUGGUGGAGUUUGCAUUUGCUUUGGUGGGAAAGUUAGAUGUCAUCAACAAACAUUCAUUCAACGACUUUAAACUCAGAGUUGGUAUUAAUCAUGGUCCAGUGAUCGCUGGAGUCAUCGGAGCUCAGAAACCACAGUAUGAUAUUUGGGGGAAUACGGUAAACGUAGCCAGCAGAAUGGAAAGCACUGGAGUCCUGGGGAAAAUACAGGUGACGGAAGAGACAAGUCGCAUCCUUCAUAAUCUGGGUUACAUGUGCUCUUGUAGAGGGAUCAUCAACGUCAAAGGCAAAGGAGAGCUCAAGACCUUCUUUGUGCACACAGAGAUGACACGUUCACUGUCCCAAGGAAAUAUAAUGCCGUAAGACAGGUUCAGAGUAUCUGCACAUCUACACAGAUCCAACCAAACGUUUUUGAUUGGGGACUAAGGGACUAUCAUCUACGUAGAGCUUCUGUAGUUAAAACAAAUGUGACUCAGGAAGACAUCUGAACAAUAACGACGGAAAACAGAUUCUUACCAUUACCUUGCAGAGUAACUAUGCCACAGAUCUAGCAUAUAUUUAGUUAUUGGGUAGUACACACAACAAUUACGUUACAGUUUGAAUGUUAAUGGUGAAAAGACAAAGAUGUUAUUUUUCAGGGUUAAAGAGAAAACUAGGAGCUCUGUGAUGCUUGUUGCAGGGACUGGACAACAGAAACACUUGCUUUGAUGCCAGUUGCACCACAGCAGGUCUCACCUUUCACAGUAUUUUUUGGUUUUAGAAUAUUGGGUGUGAAAAAGGCCUGAUUUCACGAAACAUUUGAGGAGUAUUUCUAAAAGACUGAAACACCAGCUUGCCACUGGUCUUAUGAAUGUAAGUUUACGUUCUGCUGCAAGUGUUUAAAGUACUUUAAAAGCACAUCCAGUAUUAUUAGACACAGAAUAAACAUGAGAAGCCUAUUUCUGCAAAGGUGGAGGCUGCCCGGAAACAAAAGAAGGCUACAUGGAUUACAACGGUUUAUUCUUAUUCUGCUUAAACCACAAGACUUGGAUGUACUGUAUACUGCAGACAGUCCAGAACACCUAAAAGAGCAUGUUUUGAACCCUCUUUUUCUAAACUCCAGCAAGAGAAAAUGGGAAUUUGGGGCCAGGUGCAUAACAGAUUGUGAAAAAUAAAGAACAUAUUUUUUUUUUCUUGUUACUUUUCAGUUUUUGAGAAUGUGCUACCAUUAGGUUGUAGAAUUUUCCCAAACCCGCCUAAGUGUAGAUCACAUUCACAUAUAAAGAGAAAUUUAGAUGAGCUGAGAACUUAAAUUGGCAUGAACCUUUUUCUUAAAUAACGAUCAAACCCGAAUGUACUUUUAGAACAAAAACUGGAAAUUACUGGUGCUGUUCUGUUUUAAUACAGAGACUUUUAUGCACCUGGCCUCUUUUGAACAGAUCUGAGCCAAACAAACUCGAAGAACAUGAGGAUCAUUUUUUAGUUUAGUUUUUUUUUUCAUUAAAGUUUUGAUCAGUUUAAGCCUAAUUGAUGUACAUGUAGAUUUAGUAUAUAUGGCUGUUUUGUAAGAAAAAAAAAGGUAUAAAAAAAGUUUUUUG